UUCAAUUUGAUCUCAACUUGAAUCUAAACCCUUUCUUAAUUGAACUUUAAUCUAAAUUCAUGAGUUUUUCUUUUCUUCAAAUGUGGGCUAAAUCCGCUUUCACUUAUGUCAACGCCCAGAGUCUCAUAAGAAAAUCAUUGUUGAGGUUCUGCUAAAUCCGCUUUCUCUUCUCAAGAAUCCAUAAAACCAUGAAUUUAGGUAAUAGCUUGUUGGUUAUCUAUGCUUCAAAGGCCUAGUUAUCUUAACUUUAUCCACUCUUAAAUGUAAUUGUCAUCUUUUGGCCAAAAAGGUGAUCGAUGUGAUACAUGAUACUAUUGGGACCAUGAACAGAGAUACACCUUCAGCUAAGCUUUCGCUAAUCAUUUUCAUGUUACUUAUCCAUAAAAUUUCUGGAGCAGACCCUGUUGAUACUUAUUGUCCAAAUGAAUUCCCAUUUUACACUCCCAACAGUUCAUUCCACAAGAACCUUAAGCUUCUCAUGGAAUCGCUAUCCUCCAAUACCGCUUCAAAGACAGGUUUCUACAAUACAUCUGUCGGAGAAGGACGAGACAAAGUGUAUGGACAAGCACUCUGCAGAGGAGACAUCACAAACUCCACAAUGGUUUGCCAGCAAUGCAUUCAGAAAGCAAGCCAAGAUAUCAUGAACAGGUGCAGCAGUGAAGAUGCAAUGAUAUGGUAUGAGUUUUGCCAAGUUCGGUACUCCUUUCAGAUGUUUUUCUCACGCUCAGUUUAUACUGGAAAAUAUCCACAGCAGAAUGAUCAGGAGAAGAAUGUCUCAGAUCCUAUUCGAUUUGAACAACACGUGACUUAUUUAAUGAACAAUCUCUCAGAUGAAGCUGCUUUUAAUCCUGCCAAAAACAUGUUUGCAGCUGGGGAAAUUAGGUCUCCAGGGAAAAGGACAAUAGUUUAUGGGCUUGUCCAAUGUACCAGGGACAUGUCUGGAACAGACUGCAGUAGUUGUUUAAGUUCUGCAUUAACAGAACUUACAACAUGCUGCUCGAGAAGAGAAGGAGGGAUUAUUGUCAGUAGAAAUUGCAAUGUUAGGUUUGAUUUGUCCAAGUUCUUCAACACUUCAUCAGCAUACUUGUUGACUUAUCCAACAUCCAAAGGAGGAGGGAAAUGGAAGCCCUGGAUGUUUGUGUUGACUAUAUGUGGCUCAAUUUUAAUAUUAGCAGUUGUUGUUGGGUUGUGCACUGCUUGCCUCAGGAGAAGAAAUGAUAGAGACAGAGAUGAAGAAAAGAGUGAAAGGAUGAUAUUGCAAGAUUUAGUUAGCCCCAGACAUGUAGCAAUUACCCAAGAAGGUGAGUUGAUUAGUUCUGAUGAAAUGUUGUUCAUGACCUUAGCAACCAUUAAAGCAGCUACUGGUGACUUUUCUGAUAGAAAUAAGCUGGGACAAGGAGGGUUUGGUGAAGUAUACAAGGGUGUUCUGUCAGAUGGUAAUGAAAUUGCAGUAAAAAGAUUAUCAAGGAAGUCUUGGCAAGGCAUGGAGGAAUUCAAAAAUGAGAUCAUGCUCAUUGCCAAACUUCAACACAGGAAUCUGGUGAGGCUGUUGGGUUGUGUCUUGGAGGGAGACGAAAGAAUGCUUGUAUAUGAGUUCAUGUCAAACAAAAGCCUUGAUCAAUUUAUCUUUGAUGCAGGAAAACGUCCCAGACUUGAUUGGAAAACAUGCCAAGGUAUUAUCAAUGGCAUAGCCAGAGGACUAGUUUAUCUUCACGAGGAGUCUCGCCUUAAAAUCAUUCACCGAGACCUAAAGCCAAAUAAUGUGUUGCUAGAUCAUGAACUGGUUGCUAAAAUAUCAGAUUUUGGCAUGGCCAGGAUAUUUUCUGAGAAUCAGAAUGCAGCUAAUACCAAAAGAGUUGUGGGAACAUAUGGAUAUAUGGCUCCAGAGUAUGCAAUGGAGGGAUUGUUCUCUGUAAAAUCUGAUGUCUUCAGCUUUGGUGUUAUCUUGCUUGAAAUCAUUAGUGGGAAAAGAAAUAACGGCUUUUACUUAACCGAACUUGCCCCAACACUUCUUGCACAUGCGUGGCAGCUGUGGAAUGAAGGAAAAGAAUCGGAAUUUGUGGAUCCCUUGUUACGGGAAUCAUGUCUUGCUUCUGAACCUGAAGUUCUGAGGUGCGUGCACAUUGGACUUCUGUGCGUGCAGCAAGAUCCAGAAGACAGACCCACCAUGUCAGAUGUGGUGGCUCUCCUGGGAAGUGAAUCAACGGUUCUUCCCCAACCAAGCAAACCAUCUUUUCCUUUGCGUAGGGUGCAUCAUGUAGAUCCAUCAGCAUCAACAAAUCCUUCAGUGAGUGAGAUGAUGUGGUCUAGUGUUUUGCCACGAUGAUUGAUCUUGUGACAAUAGAGGGGUGCUAGCAUUUUAAUUACCACAACAUUCUUGACAGUAGCAUAGAUAGAAACUAGAACAGACAUGCUUUUAUGGGUAGUAACACACCAUGACCAUACCAUAUAUAUACUCGUGUGGGGAAAUCAUGUUAUAAUAAGAUCCCAACUCAAGGCUUGUCUACUUGAAAGAAAUCAAAUGUGACACACGUUGAAUCUUUUACAUUUUCUUAUUGAUGAAUCUUUUACA